GUCACGCCUCAGUGGGGUUAAAGUUCACCACAAGAGACAGGUGCUGCAGGACAUGGCCCGGCCCUUAAGACACUGGCUCUACAAGCACCGAGACAACCCCUACCCCACAAAAACCGAGAAGGUCCUGCUGGCCCUGGGCUCUCAUAUGACACUAGUGCAGGUUUCCAACUGGUUUGCGAAUGCACGCCGAAGACUGAAGAACACAGUGAGGCAGCCGGGUCUGAGCUGGGCUCUGAGGAUCAAACUGUACAACAAAUACAUCCAGGGGAACGCAGAGCGGCUGAGCGUGUGCAGUGAUGACACACACUCUGAGGAGGAAGAGUGCGCCCAGCAGACUCCCAUCAUCCAGUCGCACCUCGGGAUAUCAUGUUCCCACCAGGCCAGUCCUGAUUGUCCCAACAUGUCUCCUCCAUCCAAAUACAAGAGCAGCUUACUGAAUCGCUAUCUGAAGGACACGCUGCGGCACAUGAUGGCAGCGAGCUCAGACGACGCUGCCUCAGCCUGCAAAAGGACAAGCUGCUCUGGGUCGUUCAGCUCCAACGAAUGUGACCAAGAAGUUGUUUCUCUGGCAUCGUCCGUUGAGACGGAGACCAACUUCAUCUACCACAUGG